UCUUUCUUUCUUUCUUUCUUUCGUUUUCUUUCUUUCUUCUUUUCUUUCUGCUUUUUCUACAUCUUAUAUCGUUCGUUUUUGUCCCUUCUCUAAAAUCGUUUGUUUUUGUCUUUCUUUUUUUCUUUCUUUCUGUUAUUUCUCUACUUUCUACUUUAUACAUCUUAUAUCUCUUUCUUUCUUUCUUUCUUUCUUUCUUUCUUUCUUUCUUUGUAUUAUAAUUCUACUUUAUACAUCUUUUCUCGUUCGUUUUUGUCCCUUCUCUAAAAUUCUUUCUUUCUUUCUUUCUUUCAUACUUCUGCUUUAUACAUCUUAUAUCUUCUACUUUAUACAUCUUAUAUCGUUCGUUUUUGUCCCUUCUCUAAAAUUCUUUCUUUCUUUCUUUCUUUCUUUCUUUCUUUCUUUCUUUCUUUGUAUUAUAAUUCUCCUUUAUACAUCUUAUAUCGUUCGUUUUUUUCCUUCUCUAAAAUUCUUUCUUCUUUCUUUCUUUCUUUCUUUCUUUCUUACUUCUUCUUUUUUCCAUCUUAUAUCGUUCGUUUUUUGUCCCUUCUCUAAAAUUCUUUUUCUUUCUUUCUUUCUUUCUUUCUUUCUUUCUUUCUUUCUUUCUUUCUUUCUUUCUUCUGCUUUAUACAUCUUAUAUCUUCUACUUUAUACAUCUUUUCUCGUUCAUUUUUGUCCCUUCUCUAAAAGUCUUUCUUUCUUUCUUUCUGUCUUUCCUUCAGUUUUUCUAUCUAUCUAUCUAUCUAUCUAUCUAUCUAUCUAUCUAUCUAUCUAUCUAACCCAGUCCAAUUUUUCUAUCUAUCUAUCUAUCUGUUUAUCUAUCUAUCUAUCUAUCUAUCUAUCUAUCUAUCUAUCUAUCUAUCUAACCCCGUGUCUUUCUUUCUUUAGCAAAUUUUUAUAUCUAUCUAUCUAUCUAUCUAUCUAUCUAUCUAUUUAUCUAUCUAUCUAUCUAUCUAUCUAUCUAACCUACCAGUUUUUCUAUCUAUCUAUCUAUCUAUCUAUCUAUCUAUCUAUCUAUCUAUCUAUCCUAGUUUCUUUCUUUCUUUCUUUCUUUCUUUCUUUCUUUCUUUCUUUCUUUCUUAAAUGGACCGGAAGUUCAAUACGUGAGUUUCACCCGUUUUCCUUUUCGCGGUGCUCAGUUCCAGAAGACAAAAUCAUAUGCUUCAUUCAUCAAUACCACGUGAUUAAUUCUUCACGGCAGGAGGACUCCUUUCUGUCUCUCCUUUUUUAUUUCCAUCCUAUUAUUCCUUCUGACAAGUAA